CCGUCCAACACAAAACAUGUCUCACAUCACAUCCCUCUGUCACGCUCCCUUUCGGAGGAAUCAAACAAAAAUCAAAAAAGUAAAACCUACACACAAAAACAAAAAAGUGUUUCAACACUUUCUCUUGCCUCAACAUAUAUACAACAGAGUAGAGAAAACAAACUCCAAGUUGAGUUGAGCUCAACCACUGUUCAUGGGUAUCUGGUUUUCAACAACCUCAUCAUCCCACUCAUCCAAACCGAGUUUAGAUGAAUUACCCGAAAGCUGCGUUGCUGCUGUCAUGGAAUACAUGGAUCCUCCUCAGAUUUGUAAAUUAGCUUCCUUGAAUCGCACUUUUCGCGGAGCUUCUUUGGCUGAUUUUGUAUGGGAAUCCAAACUUCCUUCUAAUUAUGACAUCAUUCUCAGGAAAAUCUUUGACGCGGGUAGUUUUCCGUCUCAUUUGAGGAAAAGAGAGAUUUAUUCGCGACUUUGUUCCCUUAAUACUUUCGAUGAUGAUGGCAACAAGAAAGUUUGGUUGGAUAGAAGUAUGGGUAAGCUGUGUUUGUGUAUUUCGGCUAAAGGAUUGUAUAUAACAGGGAUUGAUGAUCGAAGAUAUUGGAACCAUAUUCCCACGGAAGAAUCCAGAUUCAGUAGUGUUGCAUAUCUCCAACAAAUCUGGUGGUUUGAAGUGGACGGUGAAGUCGAGUUUCCAUUUCCACCUGGAACAUACAGCUUAUUCUUCAGAAUACAUCUAGGGAAAGCCUCCAAGAGAUUUGGAAGAAGGGUUUGCAACACAGAACAUGUUCAUGGGUGGGAUAUAAAGCCUGUUAGAUUCCAGCUAUGGACUUCAGAUGAUCAACAUGUUGCAUCACAUUGUUUUCUGAAAGGUACGGGCAAAUGGCGCUACUACCAUGCAGGCGAUUUCGUGGUUGAAGAUGGUAAUGUUUCAACAAAAGUAAAAUUCUCUAUGACUCAAAUUGAUUGCACACAUACUAAAGGGGGUCUCUGUUUAGAUUCUGUGUUUGUGUUUCCUAGUGAGUUUAGAAAGGUUAAGGAAUUUUUGAACCACUCUUAACCUUGAAGGUGAAAAUAUACUAUACUAGUGUAUUUUGUAUGUAUUAGAGAUUAGGACAGCAGAGAAUCUAGUUUUUAAUAGGGUUCUUUUAGGUUUUGAAUUUUGUAUUAGUCAGGAAUUAUUAGGUUUAGUCAUGUAUGUAUGUAUAUUUAUAUAUUUAAUUAUCUAUCGUAUUUUUAAUUAGUA